AUGCUGGGCUUCCUGUCACGUGGUCCUCCAGUGAGGCUGUGCGUGGGCCUGGUGUGUGUCUUGUCCCUUUGGAACACAGUGUCUGGUAUCAAAGGAGAAGCCAAGAAAGAGAAGGGAAUGACCUUUUUACCUACGACAGUGUCUGGCCUUAGAGGAGAAGAGAGGAAGGAGAAGGGGGUGGCGUUUCUUGCUACAACGGAGCUGCCUGCAAGGUCAAUCGAUCUUUCCGCACUUAACCUGACGGAGCUUGUGAAUGGGAUGUUGAGUAGAGCAUUAAAAGAUAGCAAGAAGUUCUUCUCCUUGCUGAGUGUCACUUCCUACAGUUCCUUCGCCUUCCACAAGUUUUCUGUAGCUGUUUACAACAUUUCUAACCUGAAGACGGUGGAUCCCGCCAAAUUCCCUACAAGGUAUUGCUACUGUUUAAACAAUCGGACCAAUGACUUAUCAGAUUUUACAGCUCUACUGGUAGAUAUCAUUGGAAAUUCCACCAGCUACCUCACAGAGAUUUUUAAGUCAACCUCCAUCCUCUCAGUGAGUCAAAGCAAUGCAUCAGAUUGCAUCUUCAUCUGUGUGAUGACAGGAAAGUCAGGAAGGAAUCUUUCUGACUUCUGGGAGAUGGAGGAAAAAUACCCCAUUAUCAAUUACACAUUUACCAGCGGCAUGUCUGGUGUGCUGGGUGCAGCUACCAGGGGAACUGCCAGGACUUCAAAGCCCACAACCAAAAGCCAGAAAACACUGCCAAGUACAAGCCCCCGACGCUGGGCCCAGAGCACACCCUGGGCAUCUGCUCUGAGGACCUCUCCCUGGAUAAAGACAGCUGCUCCUUCAGAAAGAGGGGAGACCCUGAGCACAGACAGGCCUCCUGAGCUUCCUGCCAGGGCCACGGCCACAUGGGUCAGUGCCUCCCAUACUCUCCCAGCCUUGGCUACCAGGAGGGUGGCCAGAACUCAGUGGGUGACCGUUGACAGACAGACAUGGGCUUCCAUAUCGUCCGUGCCCUGGGCUCAGAUCAUCAGUGAGAAAAAACCUGGAGGGUCUCCCUGGGAAACUCGUUCUCCCCCACCGACUACUGCAGGGGCCGAGGAAGUCAUGUACACUACGAGCCUUUUGGCGCCUCCUGCUGGGAUAAUGGCCACAACUGGCAGCCCAUCCCAGGACAGCCCUACCUCAGGAGCAUUCACCCAUGGCACACAGACUCCAAAUCCAACCAAGGCAACAGCCCCCAGAGAUCCACAAACAGGGUGUCCUCAGCCGCUCUUCAAGGUGGGAGCCAUGGCUGCCGCUCCUCUCACCCUGGCUAUUCAGAGGCUCAAUCCAUGCCUGAUGGAGCUGUGCCACUUCUUCCAGCAAUGCUUCUGCAUGGGCCAGAGGAGUCCCAGGACAGAGGACAUGAGAUACUGUCUUGAAAACUAUUCCUGGUUUCUGAAGAAUGCAACAUAUAUCUGUCAGAGGGUGAAAAGGGUGUCCCACUCGCACACCUUAAAGCAAAAAUGCCUUGAGAAUAUCUGCAAGUCUGUGUGA